GACUGCACAUUUGCACACAGGUGGGGUGGGGGCUAUGCUGUCCACGUGGACUAGUGCCCAAUCAUGAUGUGCUUUGCUGCCAGCCUGGUCCCUGAGUCUUUGAGGCCUCUGCCAAACCCCAGACUCUAGGGUGGGGAUGGCAUAGCCCCCGCCUCGUCAUUAUGUCCUAGGCAGUUGGGGGACAUGUUGAUUCCUUCCUGACUCCUCUUAAACCUCAGGGUCCCUGUCUUGGGCCUAAGGUUAGGCUCACCCUGGCAGGAAAGGAGGCACUCCCUCCCUAGGCUGGCAAACUGCCUCAGUAGCCAAGUGAAGAUACACUCCUAGUCACUGGUGACUCAGGCAGGUUUAGGUGGAAACCGGAUGUGUGCUCACAUCAAGGGAAGGGUGCAAGUGGAAGGGGGUUCCUGGCAUGCUCAGCCUGACCAGGACUUGUGGACACUCCUGUCCACAGGGCUCCUCUGGACCAGAGGGGAUGCCCUCUGCCCCUGCCCCAAGGCUAACCCAGGGCUGGGAACUGGAAACCUCUGGCUGUGAGCCCCUCCCAGGAAAGUGCCACCCUUGCCUACCCUAUGGGGCAGGACAUAUCCAAGCCCCGCCUGUCAGUGGGAGGCAGGAGCAGGAGGCUGGGACAGGCAGAACCAAACCCAGACCUGCUUGACUCAGGAGCCACCACCCAUGGGGAACAGCCACUGUGUCCCUCAGGCCCCCCAGAGGCUCCGGGCCUCCUUCUCCAGGAAGCCCUCACUGAAAGGGAACAGGGAGGACAGCUCGAGGAAGCUGGCCAUCCCAUUCAGCACCCAGGCUGCUUGCGAUGGGGACACCACCACUGACAAGCUCUUCUGCUACAUUCCUGGGACGGACAUCCCAGGCCUAGAGAGUCAGCCAGAGACCCUGGAGCAGCCAUUCCUAAGUGUGUUCAAGAAGGCACGGCGGAGGGUGCCCGUGAGGAGCCUGGGCAAGGUUGUGCACUAUGCCAAAGUCCAGCUGCGGUUCCAGCACAGCCAGGACAUCAGCGACUGCUACCUGGAACUGUUUCCCUCCCACCUCUACUUCCAGGCCCACAACUCCGAGGGACUCACGUUCCAGGGGCUGUUACCAUUGAUGGAACUAAGUGUGUGCCCACUGGAGGGGUCCCGAGAGCAUGCCUUCCAGAUCACAGGCCCGCUGCCCACACCCCUCCUGCUACUCUGCCCUAGUGAGGCGGAGCUGGGCCUCUGGCUCUACCACCUGGAAAAGCAGAUGGCCCUGGUCAGAGGGCUGCGGUGCUGCCACUCGGCAGCCCCACAGGGUUCCUCUGGGGAUGAGCUUCCCUGGACACUGCAGCGCCACCUGAUCCGGCCACCGCUACAGACAUUGUUGGGGCCUGAAUCUGUGGGCAGGGCCCUCUGUGCCUCCAGGGUCAAGCUGCAGCAUCUGCCCUCCAAGGAGCAGUACCAGCGGCUCCUGGUCCUGUACCCCACCUCCCUGGCCAUCUUCUCAGAGGAACCAGAUGGGCUUUGCUUCAAGGGUGAGCUCCCGCUCAGUGCCAUCAGCUUCAAGUGGGAGGAGCAGCAGGUCCACUCGUUCCUGAUUGAAGGGCCCCUCAUCAACACCAUCUGCGUGGUGUGCGCCAGCUACCAGGACUACAGCCAUUGGCUGCUCUGCCUGCAGACUGUCACCAGCAGGGACCGGUCCCUGCUGUCCUGUCCAGAGGGUAUCCCAGAAUGCCAAGUGCCCCCACAGGUCGUGGGCAGCAGCCGAGGCUCACUCACCUCUGACGGACAGACCAGCUGGGACUUGGGGUGCCCGGCACCCCCCUCCUCCCAUACCAGCCACUCCCUGCCAGAGUCCUCAGUGUCAUCCUCUGCAGGCUGUCCAGUCCAGCCUGCACCCGACCAAACCAACCCUGACUGCACCAGCAUUAGCCGACGAAGGGCAGAGCUGAGAAGCAGUGGCAGUGGCCAGUCAUCCAGGAGCAAGGCCUGGGCAGAGGGGCCAAGCACAGCUGCCUCACCACGCCUGUACCUGGACCUGAGUGAGCUAAGCAGGACCAGCCUGGAGGGCAGCCCCAAGGCCCCAGCUCAUGCUGCGGAGACACCACAUUCCCCUCUCUACGCUGACCCCUACACACCCCCUGCUACCUCCCACCGCAAGAUCACAGAUGCCAGGGGUCUGAUCGAGCUGUCCAGCGCCAUGUGGAGCCUACCUGGACCUGUGCCCUUCAGCCUGUUCCCCUCCAUCUCUGUGUCUGUGCCUGUCUCUGACCCUGGACCUGGAUCCUCUAGCUCCCCCAGGCCACCUGACCCUUACUUGCUCUCUAAGAAGGGAGCCCUAUGGUCCCAAGCCUCUCAGAGGCACCGAGGCUCUGUCAAGGACCAAGGGCUGCAGCCCCCAGACUCCACUCAAGUUGUGAGUGAGGGCCCCACCUUCUCUGGGCAGCUGGGACUUCCUAAGCCAACAAAGUUCUGCCUCCCUACAGAUGGCAGGACCCCAAGGGGGCAUGAAGACCCAGGAUGCCACAGUAUCUGGGACAAGACAUCAUUUCCCUCCCACCAGAAGUGGCCCCAGCUUGGGGAGCCUGAAGCUGGGAUGGGUGUCAUCCAGUGGAUCUGA